GCUAAGUAACAACGCUUUUCACAGCAAGAGAAACAACCAUGUCUCAUGUUCAGCCAUAUCGAUAUUAAUGGACCGCGUAGCUGAUAGACAUUCGCGUCUGUGUUAUGUCUGCAUAGUGAAAAACAAGAGCAUGUCAUAAAGAUACGUGUAACUAGAGAAUAUAGUGAUUUUUUCCGUGAUAUAUAGUAACAGCUAACAUGUAUAAGACAGUGAGACAUGGCGAGAACAGUCUCCAGUACACCAUUCUCCCGCAAACAGAGGAGGUACUUAAUAAUAGUGGCCUAAAAGGUAAAGGUAGAGACUACAGCCCUUCAAUCCAUAUUCGACGGUCACGAAGAAAAUCUACAGUGAAAUAUGUAUUGCUCAUAAUAUUUGGAAUAAUUGUCGCUCUCGCACUAGCUUCCGUUCCACUAUAUAUUAUGAAUGGAGCUUUGUACACCCGAAGGAGUCAAAUAAAUCAACAUGAAACAAUUACUUCUGCCCCCUUAGCACCAACAGGACGUGAAAUAGCUAAAUCGAGGAAAAAGGAAUUAAAGAUUUCACCCGGAUCAAUUCUUGUAUCAAAAUUGGAAAAAACCAUAGGUACUACUCCAGCUGCGUCCACUACCAGUUCAUCAACUACUUCUAUUUCUUCUACAAUUAUAAAUGAGAGGACAACAAGUCAUCCUUGGAUUGUCCCACCUUUAAACUCUUGGAAAACUUUAAUAUCUUCGACAACAGUCCAGCCGAUACCAACAGAAGGAAAUGAAGAGAUACCUCUUAUAGGUACGCCGUCUGGUAGUAUCCGUUUACUUGACAAUUACAUGUCAAUGAAGCCUUGGGACAAAGAUGUAAUAAUACGACCAAGUGUCACACCCGACACCAUCACUUUACACAAUACAUUCAAAUAUUUGUCACGCUCAUUUCCACCUUCAGAAAAGUCAACUACCAUUAAGACAAAAUUAUUCGAGGACGUUUUAAUAACUACAAAACCAACUACUACAAGAACUCCAGUGACCACAGAAUUUACAACAACUAGCGAAAAAUCAAACCUCAAAGACUUAAAGGACACUAUACUUUCAGUAGAUGAUGACGACGAAUUCAAAGAAUCUUUAGAAGUAGAUGAAGUUUUCUCACUGCCGCCUUCAAAACCUGAUUCCUCAGUGCCGGGCACUGAUUCUGAUGAAGUGACCAUUUCCAAAGCUGGUGAUAGUGAAUGGUAUGGAGCUAGGUGGCCUUUUGUCGACACCUCGUCGUACUUCCAAUGGACGGGUUAUUCGCCAGGAGACAACUUACUGCUGCCGUUGUUGGUGGCGGCCCUCUCGUCAAUCGCUUUGGUACUGCUUCUAGCGUUGGCUGUAAAACGUCGCAAAAGGACACAUGUGGCAACUGCACAAAUAGGGAAGUUGACUGCUGAUCUACAAGCUGACGACAACACUAACUUGUUAACAGCUGAGAAUCCAGAAGAUGCAGAAGAAUGAGCCAACUAGUAUCCCGCUUAUAGCUUAAGAGCUCAACGCAGAAUAUCUCAUGUACAUGUAUGCAAGAAGUUGCUCUCCUGUGAAGAAGGAAGUACCUACAAUUAUAUUCUAUGUUGAACGAAUGCUUGCACUUAAAUACGCUCCACCAAUUAAAAAAAAAACUAUUUACGACGACAUCAAGUAACAUUUUCGAAGGAAUAACAUGAGCGCACAUUAGGCAUUCCAUGUUCCUAUAAUGAUUUAGCAACUAUACUGUAGUUUCUUGAAUGCAACCAUAUUACAAGAACUGCGUGUUCGUCUUAUAGUACCGAUCAUAUUUCAAACUUUCAGUGCCUAUUGUUUGUAUAUAUGUACGAUUCGGUAGCCCGUCGCAUAUGCGUCGGCCUCUAGUCGGAUUCCUGAUGUUCAGAGAUACGAUAUAAUAUGUAAGUAUAUUUUGUAAACGCAAUAGUAAAUCGACUGUAGGUAAAUUAGGUAUUAUAUGUGUCAAAUUCCAAAAAUGCUAAAAUUAUUUUUGUUACAUAUAAAUAAAUCUACAACGUAUUUACGAUUGUCAUAUACCGUCGCAACGAGACAUAUAAUUAGAUAGUAGUGCCCUAAUGAGCUUGCUAGUGACUUUUAUGGAGACAUUAAAUUACCUAUGUUCUUAAAUUUAAAAACUAGGUUCUGUUAAAAUGCUAAGGAUACACAAUACUUUUUGUAAGUUGGUGUUCGUCAUUCAAAGAAAACCCAAUCUUAUAAUGGCACCAUAAGGCACAUAAUUAGACUGACCGAUUCAUGUAGAUACGUCGGUUGGUAAUGUCCAUGAAAUGUAGAUACCUAUAUCAUAUCUCUGAAAGUUC